UAGAACAGUAGCAAUCCCGACUGUAGACACAGAAUGGGCCAUUAGACACUUUCAAAAUAGAGCACUCAUUUAAAUGAUAACCUUGUGAUAACAUGAAUAUUUUAAUUUCUAUUUUUAAUAUCCCAUCCAAAUUGUCGGUUAUCAACUCGACAAACAGACGUGUUACUUAAUUAGUCUUAAUUACUUAAGGAAUAAUGGCUUCGGCCAAUAUCGUUGUCGUGGGUUCUUGCAUGAUCGACUUCACCAGUUAUUGCCCACGCCUGCCCAAGGAGGGAGAAACGAUCCACGGUACCCAAUUUAAAACAGCAUUCGGCGGAAAAGGCGGCAAUCAAUGCGUCGCCGCUGCAAAACUGGGAGGAAAAACUGCAUUAGUAGCUCGACUCGGUGAUGAUACUUGGGGCGGGCAAUACGUUACAAAUCUGAAAGAUCUCAAUGUGGACAGCAGUUUUGUGAAGAUUUCGGCUAAUGUCUCGAGCGGAAUUGCUCAAAUCAAUGUGGAUGAGUCUGGUGCUAAUCAAAUUGUUAUCAUUGCUGGUGCAAAUUCAUACUUGAACGAAGCAGACGUCGAAAAUGCAAAGGAGAUAAUCACGGAGGCUGCUGUGGUAUUGUGUCAAUUGGAAACAAAGUGGGAGGUUGCUGUUAAAACUUUGGAGCUGUGCAAAGGGAUUUCCAUCUUAAAUGGUGCACCUGCCGUUUCCAAAUGCGACGAUCGUUUAUUUUCAUUACCGACAAUAUUUUGUGUCAACGAGCAUGAGGCUUCAAUUUUUGCCGGUGUACCUGUUCGCAAUCUGAGUGAUGCGAAAGUCGCAAUCAAAAUUCUAUUAGGGAAGGGUUGCAAUACUGUAGUACUAACGAUGGGUUCUCAGGGGAGCUGCCUGGCAUCUAAGAAAUCGCCUGAUCCAAUACAUGUUCCUAGUAGGGCCGUGCAGUGUACGGAUUCGACAGGCGCUGGAGAUAGCUUUAUUGGUACUUUGGCAUACCUAUUGGCCAAUCGCAAUGAUAUCAGUUUAGAGAAAUGUGUUGAAAUUUCAAAUUAUGUCGCUGCCGAUAGUGUUACAAGACUAGGUACCCAAUCCAGUUUUGCAGGUCCAGAAAUUCUCAAACAGUACUUCAAUUCAUAUUUGGGUGCAUGACCAGUAGUUAUAUUUUGUGUUGUUUGUACUUAACUUUAUUGUUGUGUGAAUUACAUUUUGACCGAACUUCUGAAUUAUUUAUUAUAAAAAAAGUCUAAUCUUGGUCUUC